GAAUUUAAAGAAUAGACUCUCGGAUAUAUUCCUCUUGUCUUAUUUAUUCAUCUAAAAUUUUUUAAAGAAAUCCUUUUGUUUACCAUAGUUUUUUUUCUGCAAGACAAAAAAAAAGUAUUCUCCGAAAAACAGACAGAAAUUUUAGUAUUUACGUUUAUAUUACAUAAACUUUGACCACUUGUGUAUAUAAAACUGCGUGUUUGAACAUGAUUUUUUUAGGUUAUGAAUGCGAAUCUUGUGAAUUUUUUUCAUAUUUUAUUUAAAAAAAUAGAAAAACAAAAGAAAAAUGAAUAUUAUUAUUUUGAAUAAUGUUAAUUUAGAUAACCAAGUUAUUAACGGUGUUGUGUUUCAUUAUCAACGUGGUGAGCAGGCAAAUAAUAUGAAUGACAAUAAUGAAUUGGCGGAUAAAUGUCCAAAAUAUAAUUUAAAAGGAAUACAGGCUCAUCGAUCUUGUGAUCAAAUUUUGCUUGAUUCGUCGUUGAGUUUCAAUAGUAAAAAAAAUAAAAACGAUUCGCCUUUAUUGACAGUGAAAAAAUUAUUCGUCACCAAUCUUGCGGAUAAGGCAACUCUAGAGGAUUUAUUGAAAAUAUUCAAAAUAUACGGCGAGGUGAGUGAGUGCGUUAUUAAAAAAAACAGAAAAAGUAACUACGCUUUUGUUACGUUCACAAAUGUUGAUUCUGCAAAAAACGCAUUAAAGAAAGAAAAUGGCAGAAGUUUGCAUGGAAAAAAUUUAACGGUAAUACCAGCAGAUCCUCGACAUCAACCAAAUCCAAAAAAGCCGCCAAAUGAAAAAGAUGAGCCAAAGAAAGGUCAAACGGAAAAUUCAUGUUCGAGUGGUGAAAUUUAUCCAUUGAUUCACAAAAUAAGUGACACAUGUUUAAUGCACAUUUUUCAAUAUCUUUCAAUUGCCGAGCGGAUAAAAGUCGAAGGAGUUUGUCGACGUUGGCGCGACGUGAGUCUCGAUUCAUGGCGCACAUUAAAAAGACUGGAUGUAAAUUCAAUUUCAUGGGGUUGUAAAAGUGGUAAAAUUGAGACAUCAGAUCUUUAUCAAAUUCUAAAACGUUGCGGACGUUAUAUAACGACAAUAACAUUUUUUGAAAAACAUCGAAUGAUGCCACUGCGAACAUUAUUUAUCAUUGGAAAAUGUUGUCCAAAUUUAAAAAUUGCCUAUUUAGGAACAUUAGAAGUGACACCACGUGAAAUUGAUUAUAUUUUAUCGCAAUGUCCAAAUCUCGAAUUUCUUGAAUUUGAUUCAUCACAUUUUCGUGAUCGUGAUUUUCGUCGUCUCUUUGCAAUGAGCAAUCAAUUAAAAUAUGCGAGUGUUGAAAAAAGUAAAAUUGACGGCAGCUGUUUUACUUGCUUACCGGAAAAUGUUGAGACAUUCGUUUUUCAUGAAGCUAAACGAAGAACUGAAUUCUACGCCUUUGAAUUCGUCGUUAAAAGAUUGAAGAAUCUUGAGAAUUUGUAUUUGAAUUUCUCGAAUGAUUCCGAUGAAGGUUUACCGACAUUCGAGGAAGAUGAUGACGAUGACGAUGAGGAGGAUGACGACGACAAUGAUGAUUAUGGAAACAAUGAUUCCGAUAUUGAUGACGAUAUUUACGAAAAUUACGAUUAUUUCGACGAGAAUGAUGAAUUUCUCGAUGAAAAUGACGUUUUUCUAGACGAGGAGGACAAUUUUGACGAAGAGGUUGAUGAUUUUCAUGACGAGGAAGAUGAUUUUCAUGACGAGGAGGACAAUUUUGAUGAAGAGGUUGAUGAUUUUCAUGACGAGGAAGAUGAUUUUCAUGACGAGGAGGACGAUUUUCAUGACGAGGUGGACGAUUUUCAAGAUGAUGAGGACGAUUUUCAUGAUUUUGAUGAUGGAUUCGAUAGUAAUGACGAGGAUAAGGGGGGAAAUUUAGAAAAUUCGGCUUCACAAACAUCGUCAACGUUCAAAACUGCCAGUGGUAAAAUGAUAAAUUCCACAACGUCCAAGGAGCAAAAUUCAAAAGUCUCUCCGCAAAAGAAGGAAAACGAAAAAGUUGAGGAAGACUUCAGCGAUAUUAACUCAACAAUUACUGAUGAACUCGAACCAAUGGAUGAUAAUUCCGAGAAAAGUUCAUCUAAACCUGAUUCCAAUCUCAAAACUCCAAAGGCUGAACACUCCGAUGCAAUUUUCAAAGAUGAAAAACAAAUUCCAAGCGAUGAGAGUUUCAAAUCUCCGGAAAAUCGAAAUUCUCCUUCGACUUCGUCUGUAAAUCAAAGUAACGCCUCAAAAAUUGAAAAUUCACCUUCAAAAUCAUCGGAAAAUCAGACUUCACCUUUAAAAUCAUCAGAAAAUCAAAAUUCGUCUUCAAAAUCAUCGGAAAAUCGAAAUUCGACUUCGAAACAAUCGGAAAAGCAAAGUUCAACUUUGAAAAUAACGGAAAAUGAAAAUUCGAGUUCAAAAUCAUUGGAUAAUCAACCGUCAACAUCGAAGAACGGAGAAAAUUGUGAGGAGAAGAAGAAUGAAGAAGAUAAGAAGGAAGAAUUAAUUUCGACUAAUUCGAAUAGUGGAGUAACGAAUAAUUUGGCUAAUGAAAGUAUUGAUUCACUCGAUUAUUAUGUAGGCCAUGAUGAUGAUGAUGAUAAUGAUAAUGAUUAUUAUAAUGGUUUUGAUGAUUAUGAUGAUGACGAUAUCGACGAUGAGUAUGAUAAUUUCGACGAUUAUUUAAACGACCAUUACGAUCAAUAUGAUUAUGGCUUUAAUGAUUUUGAUGUUGAGGAUGAUUUUAUUUUUGAAUCGCAUUUAGCUGAAACAAUACGUCAAACGUUGAUGCAUUGCAAUACAAAAUUGAAAAUUCUCCAAUUGAAAAGUUGUUCGUUUGCCGGAUUAACAUCACACGAUUUAUUAACGAAAAUAACAAAUUUCACGCACUUAGAGAGACUCGAUUUCAGUGACAAUGCAAUUGUCACCGAUGAAAUACUCAGUGCGAUUGGAGCGAAUUGUCCAAAACUCAACGUUCUUCUGAUAAAUCGUUGCUUUCAAGUGUCAGACGUUGGAAUCGGUGGAAUCGCACUUUUACCAGAAUUAAAACACCUUUCAAUGAACGAUCUUUCAAAAGUCACUGGCAAACAAUUAUCAACAUUGUGCACACUAAAAACACUUUAUUGUGCCCGUUGUCCAUCAAUUGUUGCCGAUGGUUUAGUGAAAUUAAUUGCCAAUUGCCAUGAAUUGGAACAAUUGGACAUUCAAUGUUGUAAAUUAAUUACAAAUUCAUUUAUCAUUGAUAAUGUUGCUUCCACAUUGAAUAAUCGGAAAAAUAACAUAAAAUUAAAAAUAUUCGCACGUGCCACUGGAAUUGAUGUGAAAAUUUUAUCAGCAAUUAUAAAAAAUAAUGUUGAAUUAAUGGAACUAUCAAUGGAAUUUCGACAGGAGAAAUUUGAUUCAUUUAUUGAUGGUAAUCGUGGUACGGAGAAAACUGAUAAUAAAAAUGGACUUGAAUUGAGGGAUUUUCGUGGAAUGAUAUUCGAAAGUAGUACAUUCAAGGAAGAUAAAGAAGACUGAAAUCUAGUGAAGCUGUUGAGAUACACUUCAAUCUCGCCAAAUAUUUAGAA